AUGAUACCGGCUUUGCCUUAUCAAAACUACUUCUUUUGGGGACUGACGAUGUCCUUUUGGAUGUUGUGUACAGCCUCUGCCAACAAAUGUGCUGUUAGACAUGAAGUAGCUGAUUGCAGUCAUAUGAAAUUGACUCAAGUACCAGAUGACCUCCCAGCAAACAUAACAGUGUUGAACCUUACCCAUAAUCAACUCAGGAGAUUACCACCUGACAAUUUUACAAGAUACAGCCAACUUAUUAUCUUGGAUGGAGGAUUUAACACCAUUUCAAAACUGGAGCCAGGACUCUGCCAAAAACUUCCUUUGUUGAAAGUAUUGAACCUCCAACACAAUGAGCUAUCUCAACUUUCUGACAAAACGUUUAUCUUCUGCAUAAAUUUGACUGAACUUCAUUUAAUGUCCAACUCAAUCCAGAAAAUUCAAGAUAAUCCCUUAAAAAAUUUAAAGAACUUAGUCAAGUUAGAUCUAGCUCAUAAUGGUUUAUCAUCUACAAAAUUAGGAACUGAGCUCCAAUUGGAAAACCUUCAAGAGCUUUUAUUGUCAAAUAAUAAAAUUAAUUCAUUGAGACAUGAAGAACUUGAUUUCCUUGGCAAUUCUUCUUUAAAAAAACUAGAUUUGUCAUCAAAUCAAAUUAAUGAGGUCUCUCCAGGGUGUUUUCACACAAUUGGAAAAUUAUUUGGCCUCUUUCUGAACAACAUCCGACUUGGCUCCAGUCUUACAGAGAAGAUUUGUUUGGAAUUAUCAAACACAAGCAUUCAGAAUCUAUCUCUAAGUAACGUCCAGCUCUUCAGAACAAGCAAUAUGACUUUUUCUGGACUGAAGCAGACAAAUCUCACCAUGCUUGAUCUUUCCCAUAACAGUUUAAAUAUGAUUGCUAAUGAUUCCUUUGCUUGGCUUCCAAACUUGAAAUAUUUCAACCUGGAGUAUAAUAAUAUAGAGCAUUUGUAUUCUCGCUCCUUUUAUGGGCUGUUCAAUGUGAGACACCUGAAUUUGAAACGAUCCUUUACUAAACAAAGUACUUCCUUUGCUUCACUUUCCAAAAUUGAUGAUUUUUCCUUUCAGUGGCUAAAAUCUUUGGAGUACCUUAACAUGGAAGAUAACAAUUUUCCAGGAAUAAAAAGCAAUAUGUUCACAGGACUGAUAAGUCUGAAAUACUUAAGGCUGUCCAACUCCUUUACAAGUUUGCGGACUUUAACAAAUGAAACAUUUACAUCACUGGCUCAUUCUCCUUUGCUCUUACUCAAUCUCACCAGAAAUAAAAUCUCAAGAAUAGACAGUGGCGCUUUUUCUUGGUUGGGCCACCUAGAAGUACUUGACCUUGGCAUUAACGAAAUUGGGCAAGAACUCACUGGCCAGGAAUGGAGAGGUCUAACAAAUAUUGUUGAAAUCUACCUUUCCUUUAACAAAUACCUACAACUGACUAGCAAUUCCUUUGCCUUAGUUCCAAGCCUUCAACAACUGAUGCUUCGAAGGGUGGCCUGUAAAAAUGUGGAUAUCUCCCCUUCACCUUUUCGCCCUCUUCGUAACUUGACCAUUUUGGAUCUCAGUAACAACAAUAUAGCCAACAUAAACGAUGAAAUGUUGGAGGGACUUGACAAACUAGAAAUUCUGGAUUUGCAGCACAACAACUUGGCAAGGCUCUGGAAACAUGCAAACCCUGGUGGUCCUGUUUAUUUCUUAAAGGGUCUUUCUCAACUCCACAUAAUUAACUUAGAAUCUAAUGGCUUUGAUGAGAUCCCAGAGGAUGUCUUCAAGGACUUACAUAAAUUAAAGAGCAUUGAUUUAGGAUUGAAUAAUUUAAACAUACUUUCACCAUCUGUCUUUGAUAAUCAGAUCUCUCUGAGGUCAUUGAAUCUUCAGAAAAAUCUUAUAACAUCAGUUGAGAAGGAUGUUUUUGGAGCACCUUUCAAGAACCUGACUAAUUUAGACAUGGGCUUUAAUCCAUUUGAUUGUACAUGUGAAAGUAUUGCCUGGUUUGUUAACUGGAUUAAUAGGACCCACACCAACAUCUCUGGGCUACCAGAUCAUUAUCUCUGCAACACUCCACCUCAAUAUCAUGGUUUCCCAGUGACACUUUUUGAUAUAUCACCCUGCAAAGACAGUGCCCCUUUUGAGCUCCUGUUCAUGAUAAAUACAAGUUUCCUAUUGAUUUUCAUCUUCAUUGUACUGCUCAUCCAUUUUGAGGGAUGGAGGAUAUCUUUUUACUGGAACGUUUCAGUACACCGAAUUCUUGGCUUCAAAGAGAUAGACAGACAGGCAGAGAAGUAUGAAUAUGCAGCAUAUGUAAUUCAUGCCCAAAAAGAUAAGGAUUGGGUUUGGCAAUACUUCUCUCCAAUGGAAGAAAAAGACCAGGCUCUCAAAUUUUGUCUAGAAGAAAGGGAUUUUGAGGCAGGUGCCCUUGAACUUGAAGCAAUUGUCAAUAGCAUCAAAACAAGCAGAAAAAUCAUUUUUGUUAUAACACAGCAUCUAUUAAAAGAUCCAUUAUGCAAAAGAUUCAAAGUGCAGCAUGCAGUUCAGCAAGCUAUUGAACAAAAUCUCAAUUCUAUUAUAUUGAUCUUUCUUGAGGAGAUCCCAGAUUAUAAAUUAAACCAUGCACUUUGUUUACGAAGAGGAAUGUUUAAAUCUCGCUGCAUCUUGAACUGGCCAGUUCAGAAAGAACGGAUAAGUGCAUUUCAUCACAAAUUGCUAGUAGCACUUGGAUCCAGAAAUUCAGUACAUUAACUUUAUUUAAAGAUU